AACCCAAUCGAUCAUCACCUUAAACCUUUAAGGGCGAUGGGGAAGAAGAGAAAGUCGGUGGCCACCAGCCUCGACGAGGUGGAUCGAAGCAUGUACACCUCCUUCUGCAGCGCUGCCAAUUCCCUCUCUCAGCUUUACACACAAGCCAUGAACCACCAGAAGCUUUCCUUCCAAGCCGGUGAACGCCAUGCCCUUGAUAAAAUAUAUCAGUGGAUAUGUAGACAACAAGAAGGAGGAUCUAGAGUUGCAACAGGCGAUAUACUCAACUACAUUCAGAAUGAGUUGGAUUAUUGUGGAGAGGAGCCAUCAAUGUCCCCUAGAGUGACAGUGCAACAUCAGCAUACACCGUCCUCGCAUUUCACAAACUCGGGGUUCCCAAUAUCUUCUGGCUCAUCUGCCCCAAAUACUGGACAAGGGAUUCGUUCUGAACAGUGUGAUCAUCAGUCCAAGAAUUCUGUCUUCUCAAAUGCUUUGUCGAGUCCGGUUCGCCAGAGUCUUCAGCACUAUCACAUUUCCUACCCUGGCGCUGGUCUGCCAUCUGCCCGAAACAAUGAACCCAACUUUCUUCAACCAAACAGGGAUGUUAAUGCUCUGAGUUCCAACGACUCUUCGAUGGACAUGCAUGCAGAUAGUCCUGGUCACUACUGAGUGUGAUUUGAUGGCCCAUCCAAGUAGAGCCUUUGCCAUGGGGUGGUCAAAAGUCAUGGAAGACGCAUUAGAAUAUGAAGCUCCUCUUUGGUUCAAUUCCAGUAAGGGAAGAAGCACAACAUGGAAGUGGUAAUCCCAUUAAUUUAAUUUACCUUUACUUGUUGGAGAUUAGUCUGGUUUUUUCCAUCUUCUGUAAAGCAUCAUUUUGGUACCUAUUGUCUUGUUUCAGUUUGUUUUAUCAAGUAUUGUGCUUGUAUUAGGAACUGCCUUCAAUGUUGAAAGAUUAUGUCCGGUAAAGGUGUUGAUUCUGCUUUAUUUACAGUUAAAGAUUCUGCUUAAUAAUUUCUAGUU